AUGUCUGUUCCACUUACCAAAGUCGACUCUGCCAUCGCUGGCUUGUCUAUAGACGACAAAGCUCCCGAGUCCACCAAGAAGGAGGUUCCCAAAGACAAGAAAGGCCAUAGGCGUGCUUCUUCAACGGCUGCGGAAGGUGUCUGGAACAUCAAGGAUCUCGGUAAAUACUCAUAUCGUACUAGUACAACCCAUACUCAGACUGAUCCCCCCUCUUCAGAGGAACAGAAGAUUGAAAUCACUCUCCCCAUUGAAACCCAGAAGACUGGGUGGAAACUCAACACCAAUCCGUCAAAAGUCGAGGACAAGGAUAUCCUCAAGCUCUUCCUCACGAACCCACCGGUCAAGAAGAUUGAUCUGGAUUUCCCCCUGGGCCUUCAUGUCACCGCCCGGAACUUGAAAGGCGUCACAAUCAAGGACGCAUUAGAUGCGAUCUACAAGCAGUUCAAGAAGAAGGCCGAUGACGAGUUAGAAAGUCCCUACCUCGCUGGCUUCGAGUGGGACAAGGACGAGUCUUGGACACGUCUGAUCGUCCACCAGAAGAAAGAGAACACCGCACAACAGCCCAGUACCAAGAAAUCCAAGAAGAAGGCAAAGGAAGAAGCCGCUUUGGCAUAA